CUCUCUAUACAAUAAAUCUCAAGCAACAUGUCUCUUUCCAACUCCACUCUUCUAUAUAAGUAGUAUACCCAGUCUUUUCGAACGGAUUCUGAACUUUUUCUACUUAAAAUGAAGCAAUCGAUCGUUUCGUUAAGCUCUAAAAGAGGUUUGGCUCCAAGACCGAAAACCGCGCAAGUGUUUAGACAACGAGUUGUCUUGGCAAAUGGAGCAUCAUACACGAUUAAUACGACUCUCCCUCGUCCUUACAUGGUAUCAAUUAAAGACAUUACAAACAUGCCUUUGAAUAACCCAGACUCACAUGCGUUGUCGUCCAUUGGUGGUCAAGAAUCCCGCAGAUCUAAGUUCGAACAACGCUACGAAGGACUUUAGAACAGCUAAAGCAAGAUGAAGAGGAGUCUAUUCAGAUACGAAAAUAGGGGCUUCAUGUUCUCAUAUAUAACGCUUACUAUUUUCAUGCAUAAAUUCUAAGCACGUUACCAAAUUAUAGACGGAUUAUGUUGAACUGAAUUAAUAUUGUGUAUACUAUGAUGGAUGGACUAUACUGCACUAUAUUGAGAGGAUGUAGACAAAAUGAUUUCCAAUCAUCAUGGAUGAAUCCGAAACGGAUGCCCACUUCGUCUUGAUUUCUUCUACGCUUCAACGCAUACUUCUAGUCAUGCCAAGGACUAGACGAAAUUGUUCACCAAAGGAUGAAGCGAUUGACUGUAAAGAACUAGAAUCAAAAAUUUCCAUUAUAUAAUUAUUCAAACGUUCUAGGUUAGGGUUGUGACAGUCGAAAGCGUCAAUAAUGGAAAAGUAAAGAAUUUAGAAAUAUGAUGUGUUACCUUAUAUGAGGAUUGUUGAAUGAAGCGGCAUUACCUCUGAACAUGUAAAAAUGAAAAUCAAUCGGGAAUCACUGAAAGAAGAUAUAAUGCCUUCUGCUAAGGGACGCCGAAAACGGUUGUAAUAAUUGACAUAUGUUUUGAAUGAAAAAAAAAACGGCAAUGUCGAUAAUACAAUAGCCUGUUUUUAUUUUUGCUUGAUAAAUACAAAUGCGAUUUCUUGAUUGUAACUAUCUUACUUUGUACUCAUGGUAGACAAGCACAUUAAGGAUUUGAUAUUUGGAUGUUCUUGAGGCAGAACAUAACAAAAUACUGUAAGGUAUACAAACACCAAUGUUGGAGAGUUCUUUAUUUAAUUGUAAGGCGUAAGAAUUGCUUUGAUAGUGAUGGAUUCGAAUGUCGUAUGUUACAAGAUAGAAAUGGCUACAGCUAUGCAUAUGAUAUAAGCUGUUCAAAUAGUCAUCAUCAAGAGUCUGAACUACAAAGGCUUCUGCAGCAGUCGAAAUUUUAAAUCAAUGAUUUAUUUUCUGUAUACUCUCUAUAAAGAGCUGCAAAAUGAUGCUGCUCACAUCCCGUUGCUAUAAACAAGUAUGUAGUCUUUUUGUUGAACAGGAUAUAUAAGGAAAUACGGUUCUGUUGACUAUCAUCUCUUGAAAGCUAUCUCAUCAGAAUUCUGAAUCUUUGCGAAACACUCAGUUGUUUUAUUGCUUAGAAGAGAAGCAAAUAGAAAUUAACGAAAGAUGGGAUUGGGUUUUCGUGAACUAUAUAUAUAUUUUAAGCAAUCAACCAUGGCUUAUUUCUGUUGCUUAUAUUGUCAUUCAAAAAUCGGACUCCGUCUAACAAUUCCGAUACUCGUUCGGUUUGUUUACAAAUAAAUAUCAUGCAAAUUACUAAAGAGCAAUAUAACCAAUUGAACUUUUAAUAGUAUCAUAAUUCAUUAGCAUCAUCA